AUGAACGCAUACGACUACAAUCAGAUGAUGGAAGAUUACCAGUUUCUUAAUCAAGUUGGGCGGAUGGUCUCUUCUACAGGACGAGCCAUAUACGAUGCUAAGUUGAUGAAUGGUGUCCCGAACGGUUUGCCAGGAUCAAGCACUCGCCAUGUGCCAGUCACGCAGCAGAGGCGCGAAGCUCUUGCGAAACAGCUCGCAUUCCAUAAGCUGCCCAUCAUGCUUCUCCCUGAUGGCAUGUCGAAGCGGAAAAUGAACCGGACACAAUGGGAUGCAAAACGUCGAUGUAUGUUGUAUACGGCACAGAUAACAUUUCCUUGUGCACCGUCUCAACCAAACAAUCCACUCUCUCACAUUCAAAAGGGUGGCUGGCUUAUCCAUCGACUUGAGGGAAGUGUGGACAUGACAAUUUGUGUGUUAUCUGAGAUGGAACGCAUCUGCGCUCGAAUGAAUAACAUGAGUCUUUCUCAAUGGAAAAGCCACCAAUCGGAUCCUGAACGCGCUCCCAAGAGGAUCAAGUCAGAAUCUGCUACUCCUGCGCUCAUUUCGCCGAGUGUGUGGUCCAGUCUGGGUGUGCCAUAUGCUUCGGCCCAUGAAAGAGGCAUUCUACCUGAAAAUAGUGUUAUGCUCUUGCAUGUGUACGAAAAACGGCUUCGUAAUGAAAGUUCAGCCAAGUUCCUCGACUGGUGGAUAAGAAAAGGCUCAGCCUUGGAGUCAUCAAACUGCGUCCACUCACCCACUCCAAGCGAACCAUCUAUUGUUCCGCCACACGUGCUGGAUGCUGUAUCGCAGCUGAGACCUGAUAAAAAUGAUGUUGCCAAGUCCCCAGGAUCGUCUACUUUGCGACAAUGCUAUGUUCGCAUUGAGCCUGGUUUGUCAUUCGAGAAAGUUCUGCGUUCUAUACCCACCGCAUACGGUAUUGUUGAAUUCUUUGAACUUGAAAUUUGGGACAUUGAGGCGUGCAGAGAUGCUGAGCGUCGAAACCAUGUCUGCAUUCUACCUCUGGAACCGCAUGAAACAGUCCCAGAAAACGCGUCUCGUCCGAGGAAUCAUGUGCGCCAUAACGAGGCUCCUGGAGCCUCUUGUAUGAAUCCGGCGGAAAACAACAAGGACCCAAACAAAAAUACCAAUGGUAUUGGAGCAGGGAGCACUACCAACGUUGCCACGUUGGCAAAUACCACAGUAUCGUGUACAGCCACUUCAGACCCGCCCUCGUCGAUCACCACUCUCGUCGCAUACUCUUCAGACAGUGAGACGGAGCCGUAA